GAUCACUCUGGGAGGCAGAAGAUGAAGGAACGCUCAGCGUUUGGGACGAAGUGAAGUGAGAGUUUACUCUGGUUUACCUGCGGGACGAGCUCAGAUGAGUACCAGGUGAGAGCCUGAGUGAACCGGUUUGGUUUGAAGACGUGCACAAGUGAGAAAGACGUGCACAAGCUUCUCCACUGCCUUUUCCCACAACCUUUCCAUCCAGUUUGGCAAGGAAAUGAGAAAACAGAGCACCUGAGAGAGGAUCUAGAAGAAAAACCAUGCUUAAUUUCCUUCAUUGAGCUCAGCAUUGACCUGCUGGUUGAGGUGGUCAUAAACAACCUACCAUAGCCAGAAGAAACCCCGAAGACCAAGUAGGAAUGGGCUCCUGGCUUCCUGGUGGUUGCUGAGAGGGCUCCAGUGCACUGGAUAUAGCAGAAAAGGUGUUUUUCUCCAGGCAGUUGGGUGGAACCUGAUGAACUUGAAGGUCUGAAGAUCCUCAGGAUGGAUUUGGUGGACCGAGUGCCCAGUGAGAAGGAACUGGUUUUCCAGUCUAGGAUUCUUUGCAGGGACUUCAUAUACUCCAGGAUCACCAGAGAAGGUCUCAGCUGGUCCAAAGUUGAAGCUUCCCUGCCUGUUCCAGAUGGAGCUCUUGGAGAUGUCUCAAUGGUGCUCCUCAAGUUGGGUGACGAGCUGGAGUACAUGAGGCCGUACAUCUACAGAAACAUCGCAAAGCAGCUCAGCAUCUCCGUGUCCGUGGAGACUGUGGUGUCCGACGCUUUUCUUUCUGUGGCAACAGAGAUCCUGUCUUUGGGGAUCACAUGGGGAAAGGUGGUGGCGAUCUUUGCAGUCGCCGGGGGUCUGGCGGUGGACUGUGUGCGACAGGGUUAUCCGUCCAUGAUCCACACCAUAGUGGACAGUCUGGGGGAGUUCGUCAGAAAGAGCUUGGUGCCCUGGCUCAAGAGGAGAGGAGGAUGGGGGGACAUUUCAAAGUGCGUGAAGAACAUGGACAGUACGGCUCAAUCCCAUUGGCUGUCCACAGUCGUGUCCACCUGGAGACACGUUGUGAAGACUGUGUACAUCUACCUGAUGAAGUAACUGUGGGCCUGGCUGAACUGAACCGCCAGAUAACUGAAUCUGAACCACCACCUGAAGGAGGCAUUUUGCUGCCCACACCCUAUAUGCUUCUCAUAAUGAACAAAUAGCUCCCUCUAGUGGUUGCACAUUGUAAUACACACAUCUAAAGUCAGUAUAUAUGGCUGAAUCUCAUUUAACAUAAGACUCAGAAUUAUUUGGAAAGAAGUAAGGUGUUUUCUGAGGUGCAGGCUAUAAAUAAGUGUGCAAUAUCAGUUUUAUGGUGUGAAAAUGACGCCUGGUAGCCGUAGCCAUGAAACUGGUCUCAGCAGAAUCGCUGGUUCUGGAUCAGUUCUGAUUUGUUUUAGCGCUUAGUCUCUGAGUAUAUCAUUGUUGCCAGGUGGAAACAUGAUCUACCCUCCUAGAUUCUUGGAGUCCUAAAAUAUUAUUUAUUUUUAUAUAUUUAAAUGUAUAUUUUAGCAAUUUUUAAUGCUGCUUACAUGUUGGUCUCCUAACAUAACAUAUUUUAUACUGCAUGCUUUUGUGUGAGGUGUUUGAACUUUUAAUCUGACUUCUUUACUCACUGAGUCACGAUGCAAUUUGACUUGUUUUUGUGUGUGUGUGUGUGUGUGUGUGUGUGUGUGUGUGUGUGUGUGUUUGUACUGUUUCCACUCGCUACUAUAUGCAUGUUAGAAUAAAGACUUUAUCUAUAUUGAUUUGGAAAUGGUCAUUUUAUUGAAGCCAAGAUGAUUCUCAUUCAUAUGAUCUUGUUUACGUUGUGAACUCUUCAUCCUGCAUUGCAUUAUUAAUGCUCUCCACAAAGCACAGAAGAGCACAGAAUAGCACAUAGUGAUAUU